CCCUGUCCUCUUGUCGCCUUGGUAACGGAAAAGGAGGGGGCUCACGGCCAGAGGGGAGGAGAGGUACCCGGACUCCUCUUUACAUGAGCGUUCCUGUUAUUGUUAUCAGUGUGGUGGACAGAUUUUACUGCUUCUCGAAUUCAGAGCGCCUGUAGGUUGCCCGCUGUCUCCACGAGCUCGUUUGGUCAGUUGAACGGGAGCUGACAUGUCAGACAUCGUUCCUCCAGAGGUUAGACCCAAACCAGCUGUCCCUGCCAAACCCCCAAACGUGGGGGCUCCUUCUCCUUCUAGCCCCUUCCCACCCCAGGGCCUGGGUGUCGGAGGAGGCGGCAUCUCUGCUCCCCCACCGAGCGCCAUUCCAGUUCCCAUUGGAAGUCAUGGUCCGAGCCACGGUGGCAGUCAUAACGUGGGUCAUGGCAUAGGACACAGCGUUAGUCACGCUGGAAGUCACGCUGCACCACACAGCGGCGGUCAUGGUCACGGUGGCUCCCACAGCUCCAGCGGGGGAUCCACUCUGCUGGGAUACAUUGGUAUCGACACCAUCAUUGAGCAGAUGAGGAAGAAGACCAUGAAGACGGGUUUUGACUUCAAUAUCAUGGUAGUAGGUCACAGUGGUCUGGGGAAGUCAACCCUGGUGAACACCUUAUUCAAGUCCCAAGUGAGCAGGAGGAGUGCAGGAUGGGCUCGUGAUGAGAAGAUCCCCAAAACUGUGGAGAUCAAGGCAGUGUCUCACGUUAUUGAAGAGGGUGGUGUGAAGAUGAAGCUGACAGUUGUCGACACUCCGGGCUUCGGAGACCAAAUCAAUAAUGACAACUGCUGGGAGCCCAUCUCCAAAUACAUCAAUGAGCAGUAUGAGAAGUUCCUGAAGGAGGAGGUCAACAUCACCAGAAAGAAGCGAAUCCCGGACACCAGGGUGCACUGCUGUCUCUAUUUUAUCUCCCCAACCGGACACUCUCUUCGACAGCUAGAUACUGAGUUCAUGAAGCGCCUGAGUCACUCGGUCAACAUUAUUCCCGUCAUCGCCAAAGCAGAUACACUGACCAUUGAGGAGAGACAGGAGUUCAAGCAGAGGGUAAGGAAGGAGCUGGAGAUGAGCGGGAUUGAAUUUUACCCACAAAAAGAGUUUGAUGAUGACAUGGAAGACAAGAGUGACAAUGAUAAAAUCAGAGAGGCGAUGCCCUUUGCUGUGGUGGGGAGCGACAAAGAAUAUCAAGUGAACGGCAAACGAGUUCUGGGGAGGAAGACAGCGUGGGGAAUUGUGGAGGUUGAAAAUCCAAACCAUUGUGAGUUUGCUCAGCUGAGAGAUUUUCUGAUCAGGUCUCACCUGCAGGAUCUGAAGGAAGUCACUCAUAACAUUCACUAUGAAACGUACCGUGCCAAGAGACUGAAUGAGAACGGAGGUCUGCACCCCAUAUCGUCCGCUGAUACCCAGGAGAGCAACCUGUAGUCAGAGAGAGAGUGAAAACAAUGAGUCCAAUAGAUGAAUCUACAAAAUACUAUAAUCCUUAUCACCACAGCAUUGCUGCAUGCGUGGAAAAGAAAAUUAAUGUGUUAAGAAUUGGUGUCAUUUAAUCCCCAAACUCCACCCAUCCUUUUCUUCAUAUUCUUCCCCACCAAGCAUAUCAAACCCCUCUGUUACCAUUUUCCCAGUGAGUGUUUGGAGGAAAGGACGGCCGGAGACUUACUGCCGGUAACGUUUUUUCCACUGCCAGCGCCUUUUCUCAUUGUUCAGAGUGUACAUGGAAAGUGCUCGUGUCUCUCGUGUACGGGAGGCUGAUUUUUAAGCCUGUGUGUUGUGUAGCAACUGACAGCCGAGUUUAGACAAACAAAGUGAUUUGCUCUAAAUAUUAAAAUCAUAAUUCCUGUGUAGCAACGGUGCAUUAGCCGGCUCUGCUGCUGGCUCUGUUGAAAUUGCCGAUUUUAAAUUCUGAGCAGCAGCUGUUCAUUUAAAGGAACAAUCCCAGCGGCUUUACUGUCAAGCGGGUUUAACGAACAUUACAAGCUGUGCUGCCGUCUUUAAUAACCGAGUCUACGAAGGAAAAUAAUGAACUUUCUCUUGAGAGUUGCAGCAUUAGUCACAUGUAAAAUGUAGUUUAUAAGUAGUCCACAUGGUGAGUGACUGCUCGCUGCCGAUUCAGUGAUUCACGGUAACAAACACAAAUUUAGCUGUUCAUGCAGAUGCAGCUCAACCAUGUUUUGUUUCAGCACGGUGCUCAUACAGGAAACUGCAUCUGUGUUCACUUGCAGCAGUGAGCUGUGCUCUUGCAGUUCCACCAUGCAUAUUUUAUCAAGGUUCAGACUGAUUUUUGUUAGAUGUUUCCUGUUUAAAUAGAUGACAGGCAAUAGAUGCAGGAUUUAUAACAAAUUGCAUAUACAAGCUUUCUCAGCUGGAAUGACUUGUUUUUGGUCUUUGAGAGCCACUACUGUCAGUGCAAACGUUGUUUUGUUUAAAUAUUUUUGGUUGUUGUUUUUUUCUUUAUCAUUACCAUUCACGGCAAGUAGCCAUUCAAUAAAAUAUUAUAUUAAACCCGAAA